AGACCCCAAGUGCCCCUCCGUGCAGUAUUUCAUCACGAGCGGGCACCCGGGUAGAACCACCGACCUUCCCUAAGCCAGCUGGAUGGCUUCCUCACAUGAAGAAUUCAACGCCCCGAGUGAGGCUCGAACCCACAUCGAUGAGGGGCAAGUGAUUUGAAGUCAGUGACCUUAACCACUCGGCCACGGAGGCCCCACACCACAUGUUUGAUGUUCAAACCCUGUGCACUUGGACGCUACACUUUCCUCUUUGGUUUUGUCCGACGGGACUGACGGAAGACCCUUUGCAAUCCCACUCGGACUGAGCUACUUUCAUAUCUGUCUUCUGCUCAAUGAUGGUUCUAUCUUUUACAACUGCAAAUACUUCAUAGUAUCGGCCGUUCGGUUAAGUUCAAACGUAUAAUGGAUGGACUUUCUUUCUUUCUCUUAUCAGUAAGGGAUUCAACUGACGCGUAUACCAUCAACUACAUUGAUUAGGGUUGGUCUUUUUCCACUGACCGUACUUUAUUCCUGUAUGAUCAGUGAGUGUAUCUGUCUGUUUCGGUCUCUAUGUACUAGUAUAUUAUCUACGUUGUCUGUAUAUUUUCGUGUAUAUUUGUAUGACAAACACACCUUUGAAGGUAAAUGUCCGUUCUUUUUUUUUUUUUUUUUUUUUUUUUUGUUACCACUGUUCUUCGUUCUCGUUUUUAUUGCCUGAAAUUUGCCACCGGUAAAACAUGCAGGACAAUUUACUUGGCCUAAUCUAAUGUGGACAUAGAUCUGAAUUAUUUUAGUUUUACAUUUAACCGUUUAAAUAUUCCCAAUAGAAGAAAAACAUUAUUUGUAUAGCUAUAGUGAAAAAAAGAUUUCGAAUAGGAGUGGCAUUUAGGUUAAGUGAAAAUGGUGUAUUAAUUUGGGUAUGAUUUAAGCACUCGAUACUAAAUGACAGAACUGCAAUGAAUAUUUAAAAUGCUUUUCAGCAAUUCUAAUUAUAAACUAAUUUCUAUCUUGCUCGUUAUUUUAAGCACAACCUGUCUUCUUUACAAUUUACAUUUUAAUUCACCAUGGCAGAGACAUCAAAUUCUCCGGACAAAUGCUACCUCGGUGAGACCAGCUGAAGACAAGUUUGUAUGCAGGCGCAAAGUAGAGGAGAAGAUAUUCCUUCUGGCCGAUGAUGACACUCUAAUGCGUAUGAAUCAAAUUCAGUUAAUGGAGAUGUAUUGGAAAUACAUUAACACACUGCAAGUCCUGUGUCGAAAUCAAAUAAGACUAGGGUCAAUGAAAGAUGGUGGAAAAGAGAUCUGUUUGGAUGGAAUUUAUAAACCUCGUCGUCCUUGUCUUGUGUAUUCGUUUGGAUCGAAUUUUCAAUUUGAUUUUGAACUGUCCGUUAUACGCAAUUUCAAAUGUGAAGUGCAUACAUUUGAUCCGAGUCAUCCAAUAAAAAAUCUGCGUUUCCCUCCUGGAAUAAAUUUUCAUCUUACCGGGCUUUGGAACAGCAGUAAGACAAAUAAAUACGGCUGGAAAAUGAAAUCCUUGGAUGAUAUUAGAAGGAAACUAAAUCAUGAAAAAAGAGUUAUAGAUGUACUCAAGAUUGAUGUAGAAGGUGCCGAAUGGAACGCACUUCCAGAUAUGUUCCAGUCAGGUGUUCUGAAAUACGUAAAACAAUUGAGUAUAGAAAUACAUGUCGGAGAAAGAAACGUGGGCGAUGUAUCUGUUUCACAACAAAUUAAAAUUUUAAGACGUUUAUAUGAACAUGGUUUUCAUAUCUUUAUGCAAGAACAUAAUUUAUAUUCCACGAGGCGCUUUAAAUACCCAUAUCCGUUCAUCACAACGGUAAAUGAAAUAUCACUUAUUAACGUGAACUGGAAAGCAUGACAUUUCGAUUGCUGGAAAAUUUUAUUUCCUGGGCCAACUCAUUUGCAACGUUGCUUUUACAGGUCUCAUUAUAUGUUGAAUACAACAUCACUUUUAGGUCGUGCGUUCAAGCCCCCGCUUUUCUAAUUAAAAGCACUAACUUUGGGACAAGAGUCCUUACACCUGGCACGAUAAAGAUCAAGUUUUUAUUUAUUAUUCUUCUCGGUAUAACAAUAAAAUGAUGUUUAUACUAAAUUAUCAAUACAUUUGUUAUCUUAACCUGCUCUUGGGGGAGGGCCGUCACUACUGCUAAAGAAAAAAAAGCCUGUGGCCCAACCAUUUUGCUUCUCACUUAAAUGUAACUGUUACUUUACAUGCUUUUUGAAACUUUCGUUUUUCUAUGUUAAAAUAAUGCAUGAAUUAUAGUGUAUUAUAAACACGUAUCAAUAAUAUAUAUAGCAGUUUGAUACAUGUAUGUAAUACUACAAACAUAUCAAAGGAUGAGAUGUAGACCUUUUGUACAGUGUAUCCUACCAAUUUUCCAAUAAAUAUAUUAGCGUAAAAAGUUCUUAAUAAUUACGUCGACAAAUGUAUUAAGUUUGUUCAGUACAGUUAUAUUUGUGCUAGAAAACAAUUCUUCCAACUUGAAAACGUUCGUAUUAACAUAGUAAUAGCGUUUCAAAUACUUUUCUUUCAUUAACACAUUUUUGGCA